CUCCCACCGUGACGUUGACGGCCUUGAUUGGGCACGGAAGCUGGCAGUUCUUCAUCGCCCCGGCGACUGUGGCUGGAUCUCUGCUGGCUGUAAACAGGAGGAAGAAAGAAAAGAGUGAUCCUAAUUUUGUUCUGCCGACGACAACCCUCACCCCCCUGGAGAACGGCACGUUGGGCGUUGGGGGCCAUGCCAGCCCCAUGACAAUGUUCCACAUUGAGGAUGAUGAUGAUGAUGAAGAGACAUUCCCACCGGGUGAGAAGGAACCGCAGGAUCUCAAGCUGACCAGGAGGAGCGUCGUAGGAGGGGACCAGGCCCCAGGAAGCCCAGGAAGCACGGCAAGUCCUUCUGCUGGGAAUCCAGAGCUCCGGCGUCGCAUUGGAUCCGACCCUCCCUUGCCAGACCCAGAGGCCCUGGAUGAGGUGGGCACUUUCCGGGCACGCUCACGCUCUGCCCCUCCCAUCCUGUGGGCAGCCCAGCGGUACGGGAGGGAGCUGCGUAGGAUGAGCGACGAAUUCCACGGCGAGCUGCAGAAGCUGCCGCGCCCCAAGAGUGCAGGGACAGCUACCCAAAUGCGCCGGACAUUGGGCUGGAAGGAAGUUCUGCAGUCAUGGUGGCGUCGGAAUUCCCCAGGCAAUGGUCCAAGAAGCCCCCCGUGACUGUAUCUUGCUGCUGUCCGUUACAAAUGGUGGAGGGGGGUUUGAAGGAACAAAAUAAAGGGGGCGGGGUUAAGUCUGUAGGGUUGAUGUGGCACAUGGCUGGUGUCCCCACAAAUUUGGGGGAUGCUGUGAUCAUUCCUCUGCACCUCCACACCCACUCCCCUAGGAGUCUUUUUUUACUUAGGCCACUUUAGUAUGACAUGUUAAGAAUUUAACCUGCUGCCCCCUAUGCACGGAAUCCCACCCCUUUCUCCCCUGCACCUCCCCUAUAAGACCCCUAAUUUUGAGGGGAUCUUGUCCUGCCCUUUCUAGAGUGUACUUUUUGUAUUUUAAAAGAAAAAUAAACACUGAACAAAACCACUGUAUGGGAUUACUGAAACGAGAACCCCUGACAUUCACCAACCCUGCCUAGAGAAAUUUGUAUGCCCUUUUAUUAUAUGUUAAUAAAUGUUUAUUAAAAUACUUUUCUGGCUUAUA